CGAGUCCCAGAAAAACAGAGCGGGGCCAACUGCAGCGUGUAGUGCGAGUGGGGCAGGACGCGCGCCGCCCGCCCGCCCGGAGACCCGCAAGGAGCUGACAUUUGUUGGAAGAGUUUGUGAAACCUUCUCUCUGCCCAGAGCUCAAGACCAAUGCAUCGCACCACCUUAAACCACUGGUAAAUACAGCAUUUCGGAGCCCCAGUAGCAGAAGACUUGUCCUGUUACCACCAUGAGCUCUGAAUGUGACGUUGGUGCUUCUAAAGCUGUGGUCAAUGGGCUGGCGCCAGGCAGCAAUGGGCAGGACAAAGCAACUGCCGACCCUUUACGUGCGCGCUCUGUUUCUGCUGUUAAAAUAAUUCCUGUGAAGACAGUGAAAAGCUCUUCAGGCCUGGUAUUCCCUCCAGACAUGGAUCCUACAAAAAUCUGCACAGGGAAGGGAGCGGUGACUCUCCGGGCCUCGUCUUCCUACAGGGAAAUCCCGAGCAGUGGCCCCACAAGCCCUCAGGAAACCCCGCAGCAUGAGAGCAAGCCAGUUCUGGACUCAGAGACUCCCUCAGCAGAUGAGUGGAGGCUUUCUUCCAAUGCGGAUGCCAAUGGAAACGCCCAGCCCUCCUCACUUGCUGCCAAGGGCUACAGAAGUGUGCAUCCCAACCUUCCUUCCGACAAGCCCCAGGUUCUCUCUCCCCCUCGGCCUCCUCUCCCUAAAGAAGACCGCUUUGCAUGGCAGCGUCCCACCAGCCACAGUACCCCCAAGGACUCCCUCUACCUGAGCUCACCAAAGCCUUAUGUGCCCCCCAGCACCCCCAGCCAGCAGAGGCCCUCACGACCCCAGGCCGGCCCUGAAGGUGUGCGGUGUUCCGGGCCCUCGCUUCCAGGUCCCACGGUCCCUGGUGCUUCCUCCCAACCCCGGCACCGCCGUGUGGCCACAAGAACAGUUUAUAGGGAGAAUGUGAGCUCUAACCCACGUCACGAGGCAGAUGGGAAUAAAAAGGUCAGCAGCUUAUAUGUCCCGUGUUUAUCCAAGAACAUCUGCCGGGUGGCCGCGGAAAGCGCCUCUCACGUUGCACGUGACCCAGCCACGGGCACGCCCUUGGAAGCUGCAGGCGCUCGCGCACCGGCUCCCAGCAUUGUCCCCCGCACAGCCAGCACGGGAAGGCCACCCUCUGCUCCUCCUGACCCUCCCCAGCCAUUCUUUGACAUCCGUAAAGAUGCCGCUAAGGGUGCUCGGCCUCCGUUCCCGGACGCGGCGAGACCACCUGUGCUAGGCCCCCAGCUUUCCUCUGCUCCCGAACACCGGAAGAGAAAAGAACCUUACCUUUUGCAGCCGUGUUAUCCAGCCAAGGGUGCCACUUCCUCCAGUUCAGCCCAGCCUGAGGUAAUAGUUGUGCCUCUCUACCUGGUUAAUACUGACAGAGGGCAAGAAGGUACAGCCAGACCUCCAGCAUCUCUGGGGCCCCUUGGCCCCCCAGGCCCGGCGACCACCCCUGCCGGCUCACCUCUGACCUUCCCGACUCUAGAUGAUUUCAUUCCCCCUCGUCUGCAGAGGCGGCCCCACCACAGCCAGCCAGCCGGCGCUGCUGACCCCCACCCCCCCGUUAGCCAGACACCACCAUCCUUCUCACCACCUCCUCCGCUGCUCCCUCCGGCCCCGGAGGGCCUCCUCAGAGCCUCGGAGCCUGACCUCACGGGAGCCGUUUCAAGUACCGAUUCAGGUCCUCUACUAAAUGAAGUUUCUUCAUCCCACGUGGGAACCGAUCCCCAGAGCUCUGCGCCAGCUAGCAAGCCGUCUUCUGCCUACCCCUCUACAACAAUUGUCAAUCCUACUAUUGUACUCUUGCAACACAACCGAGAACAGCAAAAACGACUCAGUAGCCUUUCAGAUCCUGUCUCAGAAAGAAGAGUGGGAGAGCAGGACUUGGCACCAACACAGGCGAAGCCCACCUCCCCUGGAAGGGCUACUGAGAAAAAGGCGAAGGAUGACAGUAGACGGGUGGCCAGGAGCGCUCAGGACCUGAGCGAUGUUUCCAUGGAUGAUGUGGGCAUCCCACUCCGGAACACCGAGAGAUCCAAAGACUGGUACAAGACCAUGUUUAAACAGAUCCACAAACUAAACAGAGACACUCCUGAAGAAAACCCUUAUUUCCCUACGUACCAAUUCCCUGAACUUCCUGAAAUCCAGCAAAAUUCUGAAGAGGACAAUCCUUACACUCCUACCUACCAGUUUCCAGCAUCUACUCCUAGUCCUAAAUCAGAAGAUGAUGAUUCAGAUCUGUACUCACCUCGGUACUCCUUUUCUGAAGACACAAAAUCUCCCCUUUCUGUGCCUCGCUCAAAAAGUGAGAUGAGCUACAUCGACGGCGAGAAGGUGGUUAAGAGGUCGGCCACGCUUCCCCUCCCAGCCCGCUCUUCCUCACUAAAAUCAAGCCCAGAGAGAAACGACUGGGAGCCCCCAGAUAAGAAAGUGGAUACAAGGAAAUACCGCGCAGAGCCCAAAAGCAUUUACGACUACCAGCCGGGCAAGUCUUCUGUUCUGACCAACGAAAAGAUGAGUCGGGAUAUAAGCCCAGAAGAGAUAGAUUUAAAGAAUGAACCUUGGUAUAAAUUCUUUUCGGAAUUGGAGUUUGGGAAACCGCCUCCCAAAAAGAUAUGGGAUUAUACUCCUGGAGACUGCUCUAUCCUUCCUAGAGAGGAUAGAAAGACUAAUCUAGAAAAAGAUCUCAACCUCUGCCCAGCAGAGUUAGAGGCACAUUUAGAAAACACGGAGACGCUUAAUAAAGCACCCAGUGCAAACCUGUCCCAGAGCUCGGCAGUCAGCCCCAGCCCGGAUAUUUCUGCGGAGGCUCCUGGAUAUAUCUAUUCUUCCAACUUCCACGCAGUGAAGAGGGAAUCAGAUGGAGCUCCUGGGGAUCUCGCUAGCUUGGAGAAUGAGAGGCAGAUUUAUAAGAGCGUCUUGGAAGGUGGAGACAUCCCUCUCCAGGGCCUGAGUGGGCUCAAGCGACCCUCCAGCUCAGCCUCCACUAAAGUGGAUCGUAAAGGUGGGAAUGCUCACAUGAUUUCUUCAUCUUCAGUUCCUAGCCGAACGGUUAGCUCUAGCAAUGCAUUAGGCCCCAUGUGUAAGCACAAGAAACCCCUGUCCGCUGCAAAGGCCUGCAUUUCGGAAAUCCUUCCCUCCAAAUUCAAACCCAGGCUCUCCGCUCCCAGCGCUCUCUUACAGGAACAGAAGAGUGUCUUAUUGCCGGCAGAAAAGGCUCAGAGCUGUGAGAACCUUUGUGUUUCACUGUCUCUGAAUGAUUCCAAAAGAGGUCUCCCCCUCCGAGUUGGGGGGAGCAUCGAGAACCUGCUCACGCGCUCCCGGCGAGAGUGGGACAGCAAGUCGAGCAGCACCGUGAGCCUCCAGGAAUACGGCACUGGCACCAGGAGGCCCUGCCCUCUCUCCAGAAAGGCCGGGAUGCAGUUCACCAUGUUAUACCGGGACAUGCACCACAUCAACCGAGCUGGUCUCUUCCUGGGCUCCAUCUCCUCCUCAAGCGUGCGAGACCUUGCCUCCCACUUCGAAAGGAAUAGCCUGGCGUUGGCCAGGGGCGAGCUGGGCUCUAGCCAGGAGGGCUCAGAACACAUCCCCAAGCACACCGUCUCCUCCCGCAUCACGGCAUUUGAGCAGCUGAUUCAGCGGUCGAGGUCCAUGCCGUCCCUGGAUCUGUCCGGGAGGCUAAGCAAGUCCCCCACGCCUGUGCUGUCCCGGAGUGGCCUGACCUCAGCCCGCUCGGCUGAGUCCCUCCUGGAGUCGACCAAGCUGCGACCCCGGGAGAUGGACAGGAUGAACCCGGGGGGGCUCUAUGCCACCCCAACAUGCAGCAACAUGGUCGAGCCCCCCUUGGGCUUCAGGGGCCUUGCGCCUUCUGAGCCCCUCUCUGCCUGCUCCGACGAGCUCGACCACUGUUCAAACAUCUCCAGCGACAGCAGAGAGGGGAGCAGCAGCAGUGUCCACGGAGACUUUCCCAAGCACCGCCUCACCAAGUGCAAGGGCACUUGCCCUGCCUCCUACACCCGCUUCACCACCAUCCGAAAGCACGAGCAGCAGCAGACGUCCAGACAGUCUGACUGGCGCCCAGAUCUCAGGGGGGACAGGAGCACACUCCUCAGGAACAUCUACCUAAUGAGCCCCCUCCCUUUCCGAUUGAAAAAGCCCCUCCAGUCCCACCCUAGGCAGCCUCCCCCUGGUGACUUCUCAGCUCCUCAGGCUGGCCAGAAGCCAGACCUCCCCAGCCAGCCCCAGCAGGACGAGACCCCCUCCGGGGGGAAGCCCUCGGUUCCCAAACGCCUGUCUUCCCGACACACCAUGGCGAGGCUGGGCCGGAUCUCGGAGCCCCCUCAGGGGAGACCCGCAGUCCCAGAUGACUGCCUGAGGGCCUUUCAUAAUGGCAACUCCGUGCCGUACUCAGACCCCGGCCUGGACAGGAACAACAACCCACACAGUGAACUGGGAACAUCCCUCGGAGAUUCGGAGUCACCAAGGCAUUUUAUACCUGCUGAUUAUUUGGAAUCCACGGAAGAAUUUAUUCGGAGGCGUCAUGAUGAUAAAGAGAAACUUUUAGCGGACCAGAGACGACUUAAGCGUGAGCAAGAAGAGGCCGAUAUCGCAGCUCGUCGCCACACGGGCGUCAUCCCGACGCACCAUCAGUUUAUCACUAAUGAGCGCUUUGGGGACCUCCUCAAUAUAGACGAUACGGCCAAAAGGAAAUCUGGGUCAGAGAUGAGACCUGCCAGAGCCAAAUUUGACUUUAAAGCUCAGACCCUCAAGGAGCUUCCUCUGCAGAAGGGGGACAUCGUGUACAUCUACAAGCAGAUCGACCAGAACUGGUACGAAGGAGAGCACCACGGCCGGGUGGGCAUCUUCCCGCGCUCCUACAUCGAGCUUCUUCCUCCUGCUGAGAAGGCUCAGCCCAAGAAGUUGGCGCCGGUGCAGGUUUUGGAAUACGGAGAAGCUGUUGCCAAGUUCAACUUCAAUGGUGAUACGCAAGUAGAAAUGUCCUUCAGGAAGGGCGAGAGGAUCACGCUGCUCCGACAGGUGGACGAGAAUUGGUACGAAGGGAGGAUCCCGGGGACGUCCCGGCAGGGCAUCUUCCCCAUCACCUACGUGGACGUGAUCAAGCGGCCCCUGGUGAAAAACCCCGUGGAUUACAUCGACCUGCCUUUCUCCUCCUCCCCAAGUCGCAGUGGCACCGCGAGCCCGCAGUUUGCCAGUCACAGCAAGCUCAUCGUGCCGGCCCCCUCAUCCCUGCCCCACCCCCACCGAGCCCUGUCCCCUGAGAUGCACGCUGUCACCUCUGAGUGGAUCUCCCUGACUGUUGGGGUCCCAGGCAGGCGGCCUCUGGCCCUGACCCCACCCCUGCCUCCUCUUCCAGAAACUUCUGUCUAUAACACGGACCCCCUCUCCUCGUGGGCGAGACCAGGUUCCUCUCUCUCUCUCAGCCUUCCCCAUUCGAGCUGGUCCGAUCGAUCCGCCCCACGCUCGCUGGCUUCCCCGCUGGCCCUUCCUCCCUCCCACAAGGCUGCCUCCUUGGCACCCGGAGCUCCCACCUUCCUUCACGUCAACGGGGACAGUGGUGUCCACGUGCCACCCCCAGGUGUCCACCAAGAUAGCUUCCCGCAGCUGCUGCCGGGGAGCUCUGACAGGGUCAUCUCGGAGCUCAGCAACGCCUUUAGCAGCCAGGGUAAGCGGCAGCUGAGGCGAGAAGAGCGCGGACAGUGUGAGAGGAGAGCAGAGCGGGAGGCAGGUGAGAGAUACCCCGGAGCACCCAGGAUCUCUAAGAAGAGCUGCUUGAGACCUUCAGACGUGGUCAGGUGCCUGAGCGCGGACCAGAGACUCUCAGACCUCCGUGCGCCCGAGGAGAGCCGGCCCGGCAAGCCCCCGGGUAGCCCUUUUCCGGGAACGGAGGCUGAGCAGACAGAGCUGCAUAGAGGUGGCGAGCAGGCCCAGAGGAGGGCCGCUCGGAGUGCUGGGAGCCAGGAAGCAGUUUGCAAUGAGAUCAUAAACAUUGCCGAAAAAUCUGUUCAUUACUGCAGCACUGUCUCUCAUCCCCUUGACUUUCAUCACAAGGUAUCCCCUUCUGACAAUAAAUCAUCUUUAAUCAUUUCUCAGCAACCUCAAGCCCAGCAGCGAAGAGUCACCCCAGAUAGGAGUCAAACCUCACAAGAUUUGUUUAGCUACCAAGCAUUGUAUAGCUAUAUACCCCAGAAUGAUGAUGAAUUGGAACUCCGAGAUGGAGAUAUUGUUGAUGUCAUGGAAAAAUGUGAUGAUGGAUGGUUCGUUGGUACUUCAAGAAGGACAAGGCAAUUUGGUACUUUUCCAGGCAACUAUGUAAAGCCUUUGUAUCUAUAAGAAGAUUGAAAACCGGAGAUUAUUUUUUCUUGGAGGAUGAAGCAUAACUCAUGAACUGGUCUCUUUAUUUAAAUGUUGAGUCGGUAGGAAAACUAAUGCAGUGGAUAAAGUAAGAAGCAAAAGAGAGGGACAGAGAAGUGUUGUGUCUAAAGCCCGAGUCUGUCUAUGCUGACAGCAUAUCAGGCAAGCCGGACUGAGGAAAAAGGAAUGAGGCAAGUCUGUAUUUACUUAGCUGCUUCUGGGAGCCACUCCAAGCCUUCCCCGCCUCUCCCCUUCUUGGGUAAUCUGACCUGUAACACAGUCCAGGAUCAGUGAGGUCAGAAAUGCCUCUUGCUGCCCUGGCCUUGACCAGCUCUGGCUCGACGUGGCCAUUUAGCCAGAAGCAGCCCUCGGGACACCAGGCAGAUCCCUAGCCAUUCUCCAAAGGCUCCGUACCCCAGCCACCCCAGAGCCCACUGGUUUCCCAACGUUGCUGGAAAUCUGCUUAGGCAGCCGAGGCCUCCCCUGGACAGUGGUGGAGGCUACCAGGCUCUCCAAGACCAUGUGCCUCGUUCCCGGGGAACAUGGGGCAAUGGAGGGAGCGUAGAGGUGCCCUGUGCACUGAGCCUGCACGCACCAUGGCCCUCGACGCCCCUGGUGUUCAGACUGAAAAGCACAUGAGGUUUGCUGGUGGAAGUGGGGUGCCCAGGUCAGGUAGUUAAAGUUGUGUUUCCAAGUGAUGACGUUAGGAAGUUCUGUAGCUAUCAAGGUCGCUUGCGACGUGACCCUUUCCCAUAUCACUGACUUUUGUAAAUGGUCACCUUUGGCACAAUUUCAUUUACCAGAAUGCCAGUGCUAACCUUUCUUUUCUGGAUUGUUUUUGGUCAGGGCAUUUUGAGGUGGCUAGGCCUGUUCUCUCAGAGAACCAGGGAUGGCAUUCAGUGAAUCGUUGAACAGACACCAUCGCACGCUGGACGCUGGUGCCACCAAGGAGCAGGACAUGCCCCACGCCCUAGACUCACUUUGUCCUCAUUUGUACUCCCUGAAGCAGGUUCAGGAACCGCCCAUGAGGUAGUCACCUAGUAUCCUCACCCUGUGAGGCUUCUCUUCAGAGCAGAAAGCACAGAGGCUGUGGCCCUAUGUGUGAGGCCCUAUGUGUGAGAUAGUGAUUCUGCCGCUCCCGGGAGGUCUGUCCUCUGUGGGGCCAUGUGGGAGGAAGGAGGCCCCUAUAACACCCGGGUGCUCGGUCACAACUCCAUCCAUCUUAAGGAUGUUGGUCAGCCUCCCUGUUAGGUCCCUUGAAGAAAUAGGGACUGGCCCACCUGCCUGUCGGGUACUCACAGGUGACGAGAGAGGCAGACACACAAAACUACUGGGUCAAGAGAGACCGUGAUAUGUGCUGAGAAGGGUAUGAGAGAGAGGAGGAGGUUAUCCAUCCCUGGAGAGACUCUAGAAAGCAUUGUCGUGUUUCUCUCUCCAUGAGCCCACUCUUGAACAACUAGGCUGCUGAAAGAACCUUUGUCUGAGGGUAGUUUAUGGCCAGAAAUUCUUGGAACUGUUUCCAGAGCCUUCAGACUCUCAUCCUCCCCACAAAUACACAUCCAAGGUCACAAAUAAGAACAGCAUUUCUAGGUAGGUGGACUGUGUACAGAAAUCCUGGCUCUCUGCAUAUAGCUCAGAAUUGCCCCCCAACCAUUGUCCCAGAGUUUGGAGUCCUUACAAGGAGGCAGAGUCUGUCUUCAGUGCCUCUGCCUCACCUUCUGUCUCUGCCACUCACCUGCCACCCAUCAGUUCUGCACCCCUGUGCCCCCAUCAGACAGCCUCAUUCUCUCCCUGUCCUCCUUUUAAGUCCCCGUCUCAGGAAAGAAAAUGCUGCUGACUCCUUCACACUAGAGUGUAAAUGACUGAAAAGAGGAAUGUGUUAACUUCUUCCUGGAGACAUUUGUUUUUAACUAGGACAGAGAAGAGCCUUAACCCCAAGGGAUGAGGCUUUGGAACUAAUGGUGGGGGUAGGGGUGCCGGUGGUGGGGGAGGAGCUUCCUGGGUAGAAGGAGCCUCUCUGAGUCUUUGAAUCAGACUCCCUGCUUUGGAAGGUCCACUUCCCCCAGGGGUGCUGUCUGACUCUCUCUGAGGGAAUACAGUGCAAGUGCAUAUGCACGUGCGUUUUGCACGACAGCAUUUCACUCAUUUUUGGAAUGUAACUCCUAUAUUGGCUAACGUGUUUCCUGGUCUGUCAUAGAUGCAAACCAUUAAUAAUAAUCUUAAUCUAAUAGUUCUGUUUUUUUUUUUUGAGGGGUGCUUCUUGAUUCAGUAGGUAAUUUUGAACACCUCUUUAAAUACAGCUAGAAAAUAAAACCAAUUUGUAAAGCCACAUUCGCGUAUGAUGCCAGCCUCACGCAUUUGUAGAUCUCCAGAAACCCAGGUAUGCCUCACCGAUUUGCCAGUCUUUAACAAAAUCAUGUCAAAAUUUGCAUUAAACUUCAGCUUCCUAUGUAUGAUGAAACAAGGAACCAAGGUUUCCAAUUGCUCUUUUGUCCUCAGACAUUUAGUAAUAUAAAAUACUUAUUUUUGUGCGAGAUAUUUAUACAGGUUUAUUAAUAGCAAGCGCAACUAACUGGCACCAUGCCUUGCAACACAUUUUGAUAUAUUCGCCAUGCUUCUGGGUAAAGGCAAGCCCCAACUACUUAUCUUUUGCAGUCUCUCUCGGAUCAGUAAAAAAAAAAAAUCAUAUGCGUAAGAAGUAGGACUGUAAAUAUGUAUAUUUAACUUUGUAUAGCCCAUGUACCUACUUUGUAUAGAAAAAUAAUUUUAAAAAUUUGAACUGAAGGGGGGUAAAAUAAGGAAGUCAUGAAGUUUUUUGCAUUUUUAUUUAAAUGAAGGAAUUCCAAAUAAUUCACCUACAGAUUUUUAGCACAAAAAUAGCCAUUGUAAAGUGUUAAAAUUUCAAAUAAUCAUUCUUUCUGGGAGAGAAGGUAAUUGUUAUCUCAGUUAUAGGUUUUUUUUGUUUUUUUUAUUUUGUUUUUGAUUUAUUUUUUGCAGUCCUAUUUAUCUAUAGUAGGUAUAAGUUCUUUUGCUAGAAUAGGUCACUACAGAGAAGAUUAUAUUCUGAGAGAAAAAUAACUGACAUUAUACAUAACCAAUUAAUUUAAAGUGUUGCCAUUUUAAUCACACACGGAGAGCAUGUACUAUGCCGAAACAGAUUGUUCUCUUCAUUUAUUUUUCUUUAUUGCCGUGGAUCGAUUUGAUAAAUGGGUGUGUUGAGAUACUACAUUUGCUGUACGUAUUAUUUAAUAAACUUUAUUCAGAAUUG